UUCAAAAGCAAAAGGCCAUUUCUUAUUAUUACCAAAAUUCCAGCCAAUCAUAACUUCUUCCAGGGUUAACAAUCGAAAACGCUCUCUCUCUAGAAUUUGAGUGGGAUGAUGAUGCUCAGCUUCAAUCAAUAGCCUAAAAAAUCCCCAUUUUGAUUUGACGCUGACGUCUCAAAUCUUUCACCUACAAACUCCAAAUUCCAAAUUCAUGGCAGUUUCUAUGAUCCGCGAGAAAAUCCAGCGCCAUCGAACCUCGGACUGGAGCUUUCUAAGCCAUGACCCAUUCAGCUUGGACCACCUCUGCCCUCGAGGUUAGUCGCAAUCACUCUCUUAGCUUUUGACUAUUAAAUCAACAUAUGGGACAUGGUAUUGAUGGAUAUUUUGGAAUAUUCCUCGUUUCCUAUUUGUUGUAUUGUACCCGGUUUUGGUGAAAAGGUUGGUUUUUUUUGUCUAUCUUGGCAAUUUGAUCAGAAGUUGGAGGAGAUCGAUACAGUUGCACGAUCCUUGUGAAAUUUCUGGAUCGUUUGAGAGCUGGAGAUGAUGGGUUUUUGCCUCUUCUAUAUAUUCUGUCAAGCAUCUGAUUUGGUUAAUGCAUUUGGGAGGUCAAUUUUGCUGAAGAAGCUGUACAAUUCGAUAAGAAUUUGAUGGGAUUUUGAGUUAUUUGGACACUCGGGUGGUUUGUGAGCUUGUGUAGAUAAGGAUCUUGAAAUUGGUCCUUGUUUGUCAUUCAAUUUUUGGAUUCUUGAUUUGGUAUUGUGGGUGGCCGGAUUUCGAGGAUUUUGAAGGUGGGGUUGGAGUGAUUCAAGACGGCAAUGGUGCUUGUUCGACUAUAAUGCAGUUUUUGAACGAUGUAUGCAGUCGGGCGGUUGGGCAGUUAUAUUUCAAGAGGAGUUUACACAGUCGCAGGCCCUUUCCAUCCAUUUGGUGGUGCAGUAGAUAUUAUCGUUGUUGAGCAACAAGAUGGGAGUUUCAAGACCUCACCUUGGUAUGUGAAGUUUGGCAAGUUUCAAGGAGUGCUGAAGAGAAAUGAGAAAGUGGUUACUAUAUGCGUAAAUGGAGUUGAUGCUGGGUUCCAUAUGUACUUGGAUCAUAAGGGAGAAGCCUACUUUCUAAAAGAGGAUGAUGAGGAUGAGGAGGAGGCAGGUUUAUCUCCCUCUAGUGCACCAUCAUCAGGCGAGGAAAUGGAAGAGCUCUCUCAUAGUGCAAGCGGGCGAGAGAGUGAAACAAAUUCUGGUGAAUUAUCUUCUCUCUCUAAUGUACUUGUCGAGAAAGAACAAGAUACUGAACAUGAGAAGGGUAAUAUGGAUGGAAAUUCUAUUUCCAUCAAUGAAAGUAAUGGGGAGAUUGUUACUAGAACUACUUCACGAAGAUCUAGGAUUUUUGGACUGGUUUUUGGACGAAGAUUGGUUAAGGAUGACAAUAAUAAAAGCAUUGAGGAUGGUAGUGUUCAAAGGAGAGACUCAUUAGAGAGGGCGGAGAUAGCUGCUGACCUAUUGGAAAUGAAAUGGUCGACCAAUCUCCGAGCUGAUAAUGUAAAUUCAAAUGGUGGGUCUCGAUGGAAGAAUUCUGUUUCUGAGAGAGAUGAGCAAAGCAAGGAUGUAGAAGGCUCAGUUUCUAUGAGUUCUCUCUCUUUGUCUCCAGUGGCUUCUAAUACACAAGGCCUGAACCUGGGUGUAAUCAAAUUAGAGGAAUCUGCCAUUUCUCAUGUAGAUAUCAUAGAAACAACUGAUGAAAAUUCGGGACUAGAAUUAUAUGUUCAGAUUACUCAGAUGAAUCAGUCAUUUCCCUUGCAGGCAAUCAAGAAAAGUCAGAUGGGGAUCUAUCCAAUGGUACCCAAGUCUGAGAAUUCCAGUCAAGAAGCUUACACGGUGACCCAAGAAAUUUUACGAUUAGGAUAUUUCCCUACUGAUACAGGUAAUCAGGAAGAAAUGUCUGAGCUAUUGGUGUUGGAGAGUAGCAAUUCAAUGGAAACUAUUGAAAGAACUUCUGAGCCUGAAGCAGUGGAAUUAUUCUUCCCUAAGGAAGGUUCUGAUGAGGAAAGGCCCAAGAAGGAUUUGAUGACAGAGAACUUCUAUAAUCAGGAAGGGACUCAAUCAGAAGAGGGAGAGAGUUCCAGAAUAAAGGAUGAAAUUGCAAAUGGUUCUACCUGUGACGAAAUAUAUGAGAUAGUAUUGUUGGAGAGUGGCGAUUCACAAGAAGCCGCUGAAAAGCAUUCUAAGACCGAAGCGGCGGAACUAUUCUACUCAGGUGAAGAUUCCUACAAGGAAAAGCUCAAGAAGGAUUUGGGAACAGAGUUGUGUUCCCAGGAAGCAGCUUGUCACACUGAAGUAAUAGAGGGUUUCAGAAGUUCUGAUGAAACUGCAAAUGUUUCUGGCCAUGAAGAAAUAUCUGAGCUACUGGUGUUGGAGAGUGGCAAUGCUCUGGAAACCCCUGAAAAAUCUUUUAAGACUAAAGUAGUGGAACUGUUAUACCAAGAAGAAGAUUUUAACAAGGAAGUGCUAAUGAAGGAUUCAGAAAAAAUGUGCUAUACUCCGGAAGUUGCUUAUCAGUCUAAAUUUAUAGAAAGCUUCGAAACGAAUGAUGGAACUACGUAUGUUUCUAACCAUGAAGAAAUUCCUGAGCUCUUGGUGUUGGAGAGUUGUGAUUCAUUGGUUAUUGAAAAACCUUUUCAGACGAAAGCAGUGGAGCUUUCCUGCAUGGAAGAAGAGUCAAACACGAAAAAGCUCAAGAAGGAUUCAGAAAGAGGGGUCUCUGCUCAGGAAGUGGCUUCUCAAUCAGAAGCAAUAGAGAGUUGUGAAAUAAGGGGUGCAGACACUCAUAUUUCUACUCAUAAAGAACAUUCGGAGUUGUUGGUUUUGGAGAGUUGUGACUCAUUGGAAAUUGAGAGAUUUCCUGAUACUGAAGCAGUGGAGCAGUUUUUCCCAGAAGAAGAUUCCAAUAUGGAAAUGCUCAAGAGCAAUUUGGUGACUGAGGUCUAUCAGCAGGAAGAGAUUCGUCAAUCAGAAUUAACAGAGAGUUCUGCAAAGAAGGAUGAAAUUCUACAAAUUUCUUCCUCUUCUAACUUUUCCAACGGUGAGGUGGUGCACGCACAACUUUCUACUCCAGAAUUCAAAGUGUCCUCUGAUUCUUGUGUACCAUCUAUUGCACAAAAGUCUGGAUCUGUAAAAAAAUUGUAUUUAGGAAGUAGUUGCUUUUUUUCUCAUUCUAGUGGUUCAAAUCACCGAAGUCCAGAAUUGGAUGACUCAAAGGAUGAGCAAAGUGGUGGGCUUGCAGCUGUCAAACCAACUAAUGCUGAUGAGAUCCAAUCUGAUGAGAAUUUUGAUGAAGAUCAAAUUCUCUUCACUGAUGUCAAUGAUGUUUCAAUCAGCCAAGGUCACCUUGAAGCCUCACUUUCUGAUGAUGAAGCACAGGAAGAGGAUGAUACUGUGCUUUCAAUUGACAGUAUUGAGGAGAAGUGUGAGUCGAAUGAAAAGAACCAUGAGUGUUUGGAUCACCCUCUCUCUUCUCCAUAUUCUUCUAAAUUCAUCGAAGAUUCAAGAAAGAAUGCCUUUGACAGCAUGUUGAAUGAGGUUGGAAACCAAACCCGACCAAUAAGCAUCCAAAAGAGUUUUGAGGAAUUGGGGGAUUCUGAGCACUUCAUGGGUUCUUUACCCAACAUUAGAUCCAGCAUCGAUGAUCUUGAAAAUUCAGAUGAUCUUACCCCAUUCCGUCAUUCUCUUGAUUCAAGUAGUUCUCGGCAAUUGAAAUGGGUCCUGGGUGAUAAAGAUUUUCCAAGCUCCCCAAAAGUAGAAGAUGCUCCUCAAAUAAAUUUAGAGUCAGAGAAGGCUAUGGCUGAGGAUCUGGUGGCUAAUGUUACAUGCCCAACAAGCAUGAAAUCAAUUCCUGCUGUUGAGAUCUCCCUUUGUAAACACCUGUUAUUUGAAGGGAUGGGUGCUGAUGCUGCUUCGAAGGCAUUCGAUGGUGAACGCGUGUCUCUUGAGAAAUUCCAAUCACUAGGUUGUGCGAUUGUCAAAAAUGAUAAGCUAGUAGUGAAAAUUGGUGGUCAAUAUCUCCCUUGGGAUGCAGCUGCUCCUAUAAUUCUUGGGAUGGUUUCUUUUGGUCUCGAGAGUUCCCUUGAGGAGCUAAAAGGAAUGAUUCCUGUGGAGAGAGUUGAGAAUGAUAAGUAUGCAUCAUCAGCAAUUGUUCCCUCGGGUGGGAGCUGGGGACUUUGGCCCUUUAGCUUUAAAAGGUCAAAUACUGUGAAUGUGCGCUCGUUGCCAAAUGGCAACAAGAGGGUUUUCAGUGACAGUUCUUCUGGGAAGUCUUCUCUUAGAAGAAGGGAAAAAAGUAUGAAUACCAAAAGGGAUACAAAAAAGAAGGUUCGUUCAAUUGUUCCAACAUCUGAGCAGUUGGCCUCCUUGAAUCUAAAGGAAGGGCAGAAUAUGAUCACCUUCACCUUCUCGACUGCUAUGCUUGGGAGGCAGCAGGUGGAUGCUAGAAUUUAUCUUUGGAAAUGGAACACCCGCAUAGUUGUUUCAGAUGUUGAUGGAACUAUUACAAAAUCAGACGUUCUUGGGCAAUUUAUGCCUUUAGUUGGGAGAGACUGGUCACAGUCCGGGGUCGCCCAUUUGUUUUCAGCCAUUAAGGAAAAUGGUUACCAAUUGCUAUUUCUUAGUGCACGUGCAAUUUCUCAGGCCUACCUUACAAGGAGAUUCCUUCUCAACCUUAAGCAGGAUGGGAAGGCACUACCUGAUGGACCGGUUGUUAUUUCACCAGAUGGCUUAUUUCCUUCACUAUAUCGAGAAGUGAUUAGAAGGGCUCCUCAUGAAUUCAAGAUUUCAUGCUUAGAGGAUAUCAGAGCAUUAUUCCCUCCUGAUACAAACCCCUUCUAUGCGGGCUUUGGCAACAGAGACACUGAUGAGAUUAGUUAUCUAAAGGUUGGGAUUCCAAAGAGUAAAAUCUUCAUCAUUAAUCCCAAGGGUGAGGUGGCGGUGAACCGACGUGUGGAUAACAAAUCCUACACAUCACUUCAUUCACUUGUCAAUGGCAUGUUUCCAGCCAUGUCAUCAGUUGAACAGGAGGAUUUUAAUUCGUGGAACUACUGGAAAAUGCCUCUUCCUGAUAUCGAUAUUUAAGGUCAACCUUGUAAUUAAUUCCUCGAAAGUGUAUGACAAAUCCAUUGCAACAGGAGGCAGAAGGAUAAAAGCACACUUGCUUUCUGCUAUUCUUGAGAUAACCCUGCAUGAAGGGGAUACAAAGAUAUAACUAUUGUUUCCCACACCAUUUGGUGGGACUUUCCUGCUCUUCAGUGCGUUAUUUCGUGGAAGCACGAGAGCCUUUGUACACCAACCCCAAAUAGUUUGGAUAAGGCAAUGAGAUGAUGAGGUGAGCCUCUGUACAGAUGAACGUUUGGUAAUUUAUAUAUUAUCUAUGAUUUGUAUAGUAUGCUCAAAAAGUCAUGGGCACUGUUGUAUUUUUCCAUGUAUUUUGAAAAUAUUUCUAUAUUUUGAAUAAAAAAUCAGUCGUCCUUGUGAGUAUUG